AUGAUGUGGCAGGAAGUUGUUAAUGAGAUCUUCAACGAUAACGGCACUCUCCGGAAUAACACGUUCUUUAAUGUUAUGGGCGAAUCGUAUGUCGGUGUUGCCUUUCGCGCGGCUCGGGUUGCGGACCCAACCGCCAAGCUCUACAUCGAUGACUACAACUUGGACAACAAAGAAUGA